UUGAUUGCUUUCUUAAUUUGGUUUGUGUUUGCAGUGAUAAUUUGUUGAGAGGGUGCCAGAGGAAAUUGCUGCUGGUCGAAAUGAGUCGGUCUGCCUUUUGCAGCUCAGGCUCUAAUCUCGUUCCAAAAACUACGGAGGCAUUGAAUCCUUUAAAUAGGCCCAAGAAGCAUCAUUAUCUGAAUGGGAGGCAGAGGACGAACUUGUAUCAGAAGAAUCAUAGAGCAUCAAAAGUUCUUGCUUAUUAUGGGUUAAGAAGCCCGCCCUACAAGCUUGAUGCACUAGAACCAUAUAUGAGCCAAAGAACACUUGAGAUGCAUUGGGGAGAGCAUCAUGGUGGUUACGUCGAUGCUUUGAAUAAACAGCUUGCGAAGAAUGAUUUAUUGUAUGGCUGUACCUUGGAAGAACUCAUUAAAGUGACUUACAAUAACGGAAACCCAUUGCCUGAAUUCAACAAUGCUGCCCAGGUCUGGAAUCACGAUUUCUUUUGGGAAUCCAUGCAACCAGGUGGAGUUAGCUCUCCAAUAUUGGGUCUACUUCAGCAGAUUGAAAAAGAUUUCGGUUCUUUUACCAAUUUCAGAGAGAAGUUUAUAGAUGCAGCUCUAAAGUUAUUUGGAUCUGGCUGGGUUUGGCUUGUUUUGAAAAGAGAAGAGAAACACCUUGCAAUUGUCAAAACAUCAAAUGCUGUCAACCCUCUUGUGUGGAAUGAUAUUCCUAUCCUCAAUUUGGACAUGUGGGAGCAUGCUUAUUAUUUGGAUUAUAAGAAUGACAAAGCCAAAUAUGCGAAUGUAUUUAUGAACCACCUUGUAUCUUGGAAUGCGGCAAUGGCUCGCAUGGCUCGUGCACAAGCCUUUGUAAAUUUAGGCGAACCGAAGAUUCCUGUUGCAUGAGAUUCUUCACACUAUCUUUGAAAGAGUCUUAACUGCUCUCAUAUGCUAAAAGGAGGAUAUUGGAACAAGUGGUUUUGGCAAUUCUCUAUAUGCACUGGAUUGUUGAUCACUCGAAGAUAGUCACAACCAAGUGACAAUCUGGGCUUCUGAAAAGUCGCCAAGGGGAAAAUGACCCUUUUGACGAGCAUUUCCAGAUUUUGCUUUGCUUAAAAGCGGUGUAGUCCUUCUGUUGAGUAAUAGAUGCUCUGAUGCGGUGAUGUUCCAUAAGAAUUCAUUUAUCUUAUUCUGUAUGCCAUUUAUUCUUUGCUUCUCUUAUUACAUGUAGCAGUUUCAUCUUAUGCAUCAUGAGACUGUUCCAAGAUGUUGGUUUUGCAUCAUGAAACAAGCUCCUUUUUUUAGGGUUAAAAACAUAAAAGCCCCCUGUGGUAUAGCUAUUACACAUAAAAACCCCUCGUAGUUUCAAAUCAUACCUAUCGGUACCUCAUGGUUUGAAAAAAAGUGCAUUUUCACGGAAAUCGUUAAUGAAAACACGAUUAUCAACCACGCAUUGAAAAGGAGCGUGGUUGCUUCGGAAAAUGGUUUUUUAACUCAAAGUUUGAGCUGAUAUUCCUCUUGUGCCCUUGACAACUUUUUAAAACCUCAAGCCAAUCAGCUUCUUCGGACUUUGGAGAAACCCAGCUUCUUUGACCGAAGGUCUGCUCAAGCUCUCGUGCCUCAGGAGGAAAAUCUGCAGGCUCGUGCUUCCUUAAGUGCAAGUUUCAAAAGGUAAAAUCUUUAACCAUUUGGAAUAUCAAUAAAUUCUUAUAAUGAACUCUAUAUUUUUGUUUGUGUAAAUAGUGAAGGGAAUAAUUAAGAAACCGUACGAUGAUGUCUUCCUCAAGCUCUCGAUCAGGCAGUGGGGGAAACGGAGCUAGAGAUCUUCGAUACCAGUACAAGAUGUGUAAUUGUUGAAGGAAGGCGAAACUAAAGAUUGUUGAGUCGGGAAAGCCAUCAAAGGGAAUGUUAUAUUUUGUUUGUGAAAAAGAUGAAUGUAGGUUUUUUUCUUGGUGUAAUCCCAUUUACAGAGAUGAACCAGAUCGGGAAAAUCAGUUUGUGAGCCAACCUGUUGCAGAACAUUCCUAUGUGGAUGGCGUGCUCUCAAAAUUGGAAAAUUUGGAUAAUGAGUUGAAGAACUUAAAAUUGCUAGUUAGAGGUUGUGUUAUGGUAUCUGCUUUUUCUGUUUUACUGUUGUUGAUAUCUACCAAAUAAGACUGUGGAAUUUGGUAGCCAGUUGUAUGGAGUUGUUAAAGCUGAUCAUUUGGCUGUUUCAGCUAGAACCUUGUAAUGCUAUGCUUUCUUGAUGAAGUAUAAUUCGACUGUUUCAAC